AUGCCCCGUGAAAACCAGAAACGAGGCCGCCGUGCCGCCGAAAAGGCCGAAAAAGAUGCAUCGAAGCGAAAGCGCGACGAAGCUCCCGAAGAUGCCGCGCCCAAGCGAUUGAAGCCCUCGACGGACGAGAUGGAGAUCGAGACCCCCGAGUUCAACGAAGGCGCCGACUACAUUCCCCUCGAAGAACCUCAAGAUCAAGAACAAGGACAGGAUGGCGCGCCGUCGAGUGACAUGCCGUUCUACGGUCUUCUCGAUCCCGAAGAGCAGGAGUAUUUCUCCCGCGCCGGCGAGAUGCUGGAAUUGAAUCAGUUUCAGGACGCGGAGGAGCGGCGACUAUUUAUCGAUAGCGUGUACAGGGAGGCCAACGGCAAGGAGUUGAAGAUCGCAUGCAGUCAGUCUUGCUCCCGACUCAUGGAGAAACUUAUGUCGAUGUCCGACAUACGCCAGAUCCGGAGAUUGUUCAAUAAGUUCCUGGGCCAUUUCCUGCACCUCGUUCAGCAUCGGUUCGCGAGUCAUUGCUGCGAAACACUGUUCAUCAACGCGGCGCCUGGUGUGACGCAAAAACCAUCCAAGACCAAGGAGAUCAAAGACUACGGUGAUGAGGAGGACGAGCCGGAACCCGAGCUGUCGCUUGCGGAGAUGUUCAUGCAGGUCGUCCAGGAGCUGGAAGGAAACUGGGGAUACUUGUUGACGGAACGUUUCGCAUCGCAUACAAUCCGAGUCCUUCUGUUGGUUCUUGCAGGUGAGCCGGUCGAUCUCUCAACAAGCGACUCGGUUGUCGCGAGCCGAAAGAAGGAGAGAGUGGGCACCGUGAACGCCGAAACGACACAGAAUGGAGAUGCUGCUCCGCAGAAAAAGGGAGUGCCGGAGAAAUUCGAAACCACAUUGAAGAAGAUCAUGAGCGAUAUGGUGUCUGUGCUGGAUGAUACCUAUCUGAGGGCAUUGGCCACCCACCCCGUGGGUAACCCCGUACUUCAGGUGCUGGUUUCUUUGGAACUGUCCCAUUUCGGAAAGUCGAGUGCGAAGGAUCCGAAAUCAAUCACGAGAAGACUCAUUCCCGACGAGAACUUUGAAGAGGGCUCCGAGACGUCGAAUUUCAUCCGGGGUCUGCUGUACGAUCCCGUGGGAUCUCGCCUUCUAGAAACCAUUGUGCGCUGCAUGCCUGGAAAACUCUUCAAAAGUCUUUACAAGAACUUCAUGCGCGAUCAGAUCGCCUCGUUUGCUCGCAACACCACUGCCGGAUACGUUGUUCUCCGGGUGCUAGAAAGACUUGGAAAGGACGAUCUUCAGAGUGCUAUGGAGUCGAUCGUUAAGCAAAUUCCCAAUCUUCUUGAGCGGUCUCGGACAAAUGUGCCUAAAGUGCUGAUCGAGCGAUGCGUGGUACGAGGCGUCAACACGGCGCCGCUUGCUCAAUCUAUGGAAGCUGCCUACGACAAAGACCCCGCCAAAAGACUGAAUCAAAUUCUACGCCUCGAGGAAACCGCUCAGGACAACGAAGGACCCGAAUCGCAAUCGAAAGAUCCUGGCUCUGGUCAAGCAUCUAACGCGGAGAAACUGCACGGCUCGCUGCUUGCCCAAACGAUGUUGACAGCCCCCGGACCGAUGAGCGGACUGAUUUUCUCGAGCUUGCUAGCCCAGUCGUCCGAGACGCUCCUACAGCUGGCCAAGGACCCUACCGCCUCCCGAGUCCUCCAGCAGUCUCUUACUCUCCCGACUUCCACGCCUCAAUUCCGCCGACAGUUUACCACGCGGUUCACUAGUCAUCUAAAGGACCUUGCGCUCGACAGCAGUGGAUCCCACGUCGUGGAUUCCUUAUGGACAGCCACUCAAGAUCUUUAUUUCGUCAAGGAGCGAAUGGCGCAGGAAUUGGCGCAACAUGAGUUUGCACUUCGAGAUUCCUUCGUCGGUCGCGCCGUCUGGAGAAACUGGUCCAUGGAUCUGUACAAACGACGACGGGGAGAAUGGGCAGCUAAGGCUAAGGGCAUUGAUCGUCAGGACGGUUCUGGAGAACGACCGAAGUCGAAGAUCGAGCUGGCACGGGAGAGGUAUGCUGCGAAGGCGGGGGAAAACAAGGCAAAAGACAACCCGAAUUUUGUGGCUGUGAAGAAUAAAUAA